GCAGAUUGACGGGACCAUAUUACGACGUCUUUGUUAUCGAACGCCUUUUUGUCAAAGACAUCACCGGCUUCCUUUACUCUUUCUUUUUAUGCAAUUGGAACGCGCACCUUUUUGCGACGCAGCUUCAAUGUCCUUUUAUACGCCACGAUCUUGCUUACAAGCCAAUUCUUGACCAGCACCGAGACUUCUGCGCCUGCUCAUAAUGAUUGAAGUCACAGUCAGCUGUUGCUGCGCGCUCAUCAAUCCAGGAUCUUACUCUUCUUUUCCUCAUUCCGGAUCGCUCCUCACUUAUUCCUCUUUGAUUGAAACUUCACUCUAAUCGCGAAUUGGAAUCCUGUUAAUUUAAUCUCAUCCUGACCAUCUCCACCACCCGCUCACUCGCCAUCGCAUAUCGCUAUUACCUGCUUCAUUAGCCUGUUGCGCAUAAUCGCUAGUUUAUUUUGCUUGAAGUGCUGGAACAUUGACUGGUUCUGUCAGAUCAAAGAUGGAUUUCCCUAAAUACCGAACGCCGAAAACAGUAACGUAUGGAAAAGCCAGCAGACGAAAAGUUCAGGGAACGGGAUACGUGGACUCCCGAUCGAAAGAGAGGAGUGGAAUAUCAGACAUACAGGUUGAUGUGAAAGGCUCAACCCUCGAUGAAGACGAAGCGCGGCCCACGUCGAAUGGAAGCAGUCCCGCGAAUCCUGUCUGGAACCUGAGCAAAUUAGACCGCGCCGUGUCUUCUAAUCAGAAAACUCCUGCUGGGCCGGAGGAAGACGACAAGUCGGACAAGUCUGACGCUUCAGCGACUUCCGAGGAAAUUCUCUCAACAAAGCUGCGACUGGAAGGUUGGGAAAAGGACUGCGCACACGGUGCCUCUAAUGUCUACGAGUUUGAAGACGACUCGCGCAACACGAAGCGACGGAAGAUAUCUCCAGUUAAACCGUCUGUCGUCCCAGUAUAUCGCAAUCAACGGCGAGGCGCAGAGGAACAGCGGAGUCUCCGAAGGGAGACCAGCCCGGCAGCCCGGCAUUCAUCGAAACCUUCAAGCAGCAGGGGACCAUCUGAGGACCGGCCAAAUAUUCUCGGCUCUCGGCGGGAGGUGAGAAUCGAGAUUCCGCGGCGCCAACCCGCAGGGCGUUUGACGCAAAAACCGAAGGCUUCACAUGAUGCAAUGUCAGCAAGGAAGUCGCCCCAGCGACAAGUUUCCAGAUCGAGGGAACAGGCUGAAGAGCCCUUUGUCGCUGCGCCUUCAACACCCCCACCGGCCGCCUCGUCGAUACUUAAGAAAGCACCACGUGCAUAUGCUUCAGUAAAUACCAAAAAGCCGAAUGAUAAGCCGCCAAAUACUUCAUCGAUAACGCCGCAUGUCCAGGGGCUUCCACCCACCGAACGACCAAAGUCGCCCGAAUCAUCGGUUGCUGGCGCAUGCUCACCAGCGCGUACAACGCCACGCCAGGCCAAGCUAUGGGGCCAGUUACUGGAGUCAUCCGCUGACGGACGCAGCGCGACUAACACUAAGCGGUCUGUCAGCCAGAAGCUUCAAAAGAGCAGCAGCCUAUUAGACGCGGAUGUGGAUACCCCGGAGGAUCUAGGUGAUGGUGGCCGCUUUACUCCGGAUCGACUGCGGAAGCGCUUGAUUGAUGUGCUCACACCUCAAGGAUCGUUUGACGAAAGUACUAUCAGACAUACGGAUGAGUCCGAUAGCGAGAACGAAGAAAAAGACUCUCGUACAGGUACUAGAUCUUCUCAAAGCCAAACGGGUUCUCCUGAAGCACGACCAUAUCAAGACAUGAAUGGAUCGGAAGUGGCCGAUUCUAAAUUAGGGGGGAAAGCCGACGACAAGCUGUCUCAGACAUCCGUUCUUCUCCAGUACGGCGGGCCGAGGACCACAUAUUCCCAACAAAGAUCGCAUUUGGUAGAAGACGAUCCUCUUCAGGAGCAGCUUCUUGGUAGUGAUACACCCUUUAGUAUAGGAGCUCCGCGGAACUUGAAACGUCAACUUCCCAAGUAUGGUUUUAGAGAAUCCGGCUCUCAGCGGAACAGUUCUCAGCGAGAGCCUGAAACAGGAUCACGCAGUGGUCCAAUCAGAAGCAUUCAUGAAUUGCGGGAAGCUGGUAUCAAUCGACGUUUCGCCGAUGAAAUGGGGACGCUCUUUGAAGACUUGGAGGACAGUAGUCCAAGUUCCACCACGAGAAAACUCGAAGGGCUGCACACACUCUUGUCCAAGUUCUCUAACAGGGACUUUGCCCAACGUCUCAUCGAUCAGGAUUUCGACCGUCGCCUUCUUGCUUGCCUCGAGGGAGAGUAUCAGGGAAUUAUUUCUCGAUCCUUGCUUUCAAUGGCUGUAUUUUUCCUGCUUCGCGCUUCCAAAUCACCACGCACGUUACGACAAGCUCAAGGCACGAAGAUUUUACAAUCGAUCGCGUCAUUGCUUGACCUGCGCGACGACAUUCGAAUCGUUGCAGAGUCUGAAAAGAUGUCAAGGAGUGCCCUGCAAGAAUUGUCCGAUGUACGAGAUGAUCUGGAAAGGUCAAUUUUAUGGAACGCUGAAGUCGCAAUAACACCAUCUCCUCGAAUGAUCUCACUACGUUGCCUUGACGCCAUCAUGCGCGGUGGCCGGGAAGCAGGUUGCAAUGAAUGCGGUCUAUCUCGCCAAGUCACCCUGGAGCUAAUUUCAAUACUCGUCAACAAUGCUCAAGCGCUCUCCGCUGUUUCUGUUUCUGUUUCCAAGCAGCAAGUCAUCGAAUUGGAACAGAUUCUCUCCAUCUUCGAAUCAUUUUCUCUCUAUGCCAACUCCUCUUUGCGAGAAUCCACGAGCGAUCACCAGGUCACAUCCUCGCUUGCAACCUGUCUCUCAAUCCUUCUCAAAUAUGAUGACUCGGACAACAUUCCUAUCAUGUCCUUGCGUUUUCUUCUCAACAUUACGAACAACGAUGCCGAGUUUUGCAAUGCGUUGUCUCACCGCUCAUUGAUUGAGAACCUUGUCCACUUGGUGCAUUCUCGAUUGAUGGCUCUCUCUUCUUCUUCCAUGUUGGAUACCUUGGUGCUCGCCCUCGGAGUUCUCAUCAAUUUUGCAGAACUCAGCGACCAAGCUAGGUAUUUCAUGGUGGUUGCACAGCUCAACAAUGAUAGAUGGUUGGAUGCUUCCGUGCAGCAGUUCCUCGCGAGAAGGGAUAGUAUUGCUGAGGCGGACUCGAUGGAAGCCACCCACUUCAAUGUUGUUUUUGGCUACCUCGCGGUGCUGUUGGGUAAUAUGUGCCACAAUGACGCCGCUGCCGCGUCCAUUCGUGCUUUGAUGCCCAAGGGUUCACUCCAGCCCAUUUUAGAUGCUGUAAAUGAAUUUCUUAUCUAUCAUAAGAAGGUGGAUACUGAAAUGUUUGGCACGGAAAAUACCCCAGCCGAGGAGAUGAAUUUUACUGCUCAUUUACAACAGGUGGCGGAUUAUCUAGAGGCGAUUAUGUAAAUGAGGCAAUAUCAGAUCUUUUCUUUACUCUUUUUUCCCCUCUGUGGAUUCUGUCUACGUAUUUCUGCACGCUCGUUGUUGAUUGUGCAUCCUGCCCCAAGCAUGACAAAAUGCGUGGAUAUCCUAUGGAGUCGGAAACUCGUGUGAAUGCAUCUCCAAUGGUUUGCUGUCUCCCAAAAAGAAAGCCAAUGCGCAUCACCGCCCUACUAUAAUGGGAGAAGUUAUCUUGAGAGUUGUCACGAAAUCCUGUCACGUAAUAAACUCCUGCUUGUCCGCAUCUAGUGUGCAUUCUCCUUGGGGAAAAG